CCUUUUUCUAUUUGCCUCACCCACUUUCGCACCCUCUUUUAUCUCCAAGUUUCUCCCCUCGACACUACAACUCACUCCGUCAUCAACUCUUGCCCAUCUACAAAACACACAAUAACCCCAAUCGCUUCCCCCGACUUUCGGACUCUUUCGUCCAACCUUCUUUCUUCAGCUGAACUUGUCUUGUCGCAAUCUGCCCUUAUGAACGGGCGCCCGUCAGUCUUCACCUCUCAGGAUUACCUCUCAGACCAUCUGUGGAGAGCCCUUAACGCAUAAGAGCCUCUCAUCACCCAGCAGCCGUACCAAUCACCACCGCACCCCAUCACCAUUCAAGUCAAGAUGUUCUCUCGCUUGGCCGCUCGUCUCCCCAAGGCUUCUGCCCUCAAUGGCGUCGCCGCCCGUCAGGUUCGCAACCUGAGCCAGCCCGCCAUUACCGGCAGCAAGGGCAGGAACAUGCCCGCCCGUGAGCCGCGCACUACUGCCGCUGCCACCGGCGCCGAGGCCACCUUCACUAUCAGGGAUGGCCCCGUUUUCCAGGGUACCGCCUUCGGUGCCAACACCAACAUUUCUGGUGAAGCCGUUUUCACCACCUCCCUUGUUGGUUACCCCGAGUCGAUGACCGAUCCCUCGUACCGCGGCCAGAUUUUGGUCUUCACCCAGCCCUUGAUUGGCAACUACGGUGUCCCUUCGAAUGAGCGUGACGAGUUCAACCUCCUCAAGUACUUCGAGUCUCCCCACAUCCAGUGCGCCGGUAUCGUUGUCUCCGAUGUCGCUACCCAGUACAGCCACUGGACUGCUGUUCAGAGCUUGGGCGAGUGGUGCGCCAGCGAGGGCAUUCCCGCCAUCUCCGGUGUUGACACUCGUGCGAUUGUCACCUACCUCCGUGAGCAGGGUUCCUCUCUCGCCAGGAUCUCCAUUGGCGACGAGUACGACGCCGAUGAGGAUGAGGGCUUCAUUGACCCUGGCCAGAUCAACCUUGUCAAGCGCGUGUCCACCAAGGCUCCCUUUGUGGUUACCAACCCCAACGCCAAGUUCCACGUCGCUCUGAUCGACUGCGGUGUCAAGGAGAACAUCCUUCGUAGCUUGGUCAGCCGUGGCGCCUCCGUCACCGUCUUCCCCUACAAUUACCCCAUCCACAAGGUUGCCGAGAACUUCGAUGGUGUCUUCAUUUCCAACGGCCCUGGUGAUCCCACCCACUGCCAGGAGACUGUUUACAACCUCGCCAAGCUUAUGGAGACUUCCCCUAUUCCCAUCAUGGGUAUCUGCCUUGGUCACCAGCUUCUUGCUCUCGCUGUUGGUGCCAAGACCAUCAAGCUCAAGUAUGGUAACCGUGCCCACAACAUCCCGGCUCUUGACUUGACCACUGGUCAGUGCCACAUCACCUCGCAGAACCACGGUUACGCCGUCGAUAUCAGCACCCUCCCUAGCGACUUCAAGGAGUAUUUCGUCAACCUUAACGACGGCUCCAACGAGGGUAUGAUGCACAAGACCCGCCCCAUCUUCUCUACCCAGUUCCACCCCGAGGCUAAGGGUGGUCCCAUGGACUCUUCCUACCUCUUUGACAAGUACAUGGAGAAUGUCGAGCUUUUCAAGAGCAACUCCCAGGUCUACCGUGACAACAGGCCUACUCAGUUCAUGAUUGACAUUCUCAGCAAGGAGCGUGUCGGCGUUGAGCCCACUCCUCUUUCUAACGCUGCUUAAGCGACGAGAAUGUCUUUGCAUUUUCUUAGUGAACGGUGUUUGUCAUUGGUCUUGGGUUAUUGUUUUCCAGCACAAAGGAUAUGGGUUUUGUAAAAGGGACUUUCUUGGGCGACGUCCUCUCGUUAUUAAUGGUUUAGGGUGUAUAUGAUAUCUUUUGUUACUACUUUUGAAUGCAGAAUCAGAUAAGUUUAGUCGGCAUUAGGCUGAUAUGGCGCAGAGAGGACAAUAUCUAGUUGAUACAUACCCAUGUGCUAUCACGUCUAAACGUCUUCCAGUCGUUGUAUUUUACCCAUUCCUGGUGAUUGCCGUAUGUCUUCCAGUCCAGUACCUCCCCUAAUUCGGUGCCCUUCAACAUUCAGGGGUUAUGUUGACAGCGUGCUGUAUAAGCACUGGUUGCCGGGGAACAUGGUGU